AUGCAGCAUUCUGUUGCUUUGGGAUUUGCGCUCAGUACAGCUGCGGGAGCAUGCACAUGCCUGGGGUCGGCUGGGGCCUUGUGUUUGAAGCUCGAGAACAAGCUCUUCUUCGCAGCAUCCAUGGCAGCAUCGGCUGGAGUGAUGAUAUUCAUUUCGUUGGUAGAAAUUCUGACAAUCAAGUCUGUUGGAGGCUUUGCUGACGCAGGAUGCACAAGAGCAGAAUCUCUGCGUUAUGCAAUCUUUGUAUUCUUUGGAGGGGCUCUCAUAUGUCAUGGUUUUGAUGUCGUCAUAAGCUUCGUGAUGAGGUUUCGACCUGAAGUCAGCAACGAUGAAAUCGCGCCUUCUGAUCUGAAGGCUCAAGAACUGCUGCGAAUGGGAGUGAUCAGUGCAAUAGUGGUGAUGGUCCACAAUAUUCCAGAGGGCAUCGCAACCUUUGUGUCAUCUCUUGCCGACACCUCGACUGGGUUGAGCGUGGCACUCGCAGUUGCCCUGCACAACAUUCCCGAGGGCCUCAUCAUUGCCGUUCCUAUCUAUUUUGCCACUGGCAGCCGCCUCAAGGCCUUCUUUUGGACCUUCAUCUCCGGGGUUGCGGAGCCUUUCGGAGCGCUCUUGGCCUUUUUCGCCCUCAAAGGGUCAGACAUGAGCCCCAUGGCCUAUGCCGUCUUGUUCGGGGUUGUGUCCGGGAUCAUGACGUACAUCGCCCUAUCCGAGUUACUUCCGAAUGCCUUGCAGUACGAUCCUGAGGGUAAAGUCUGGAAGAAGUCUCUGUUUGGCGGGAUGGCUGUAAUUGCAGCUUCCAUUCUUCUCUUCGAAUCAGGGUUUUAA